CGACAUCAUUCGGAACAAAGUCAGGGGAUCACGCGCGCCGUUGUGCAAAUCCGCUAAACGUUGCUAGCAGUUGUAGUACCUCCAUUCGUGUAAAAAUAAAACUCGAACGACCAAACAUUUUUGUUUAACAAAGUAAGGAUUUACUAUCGGCAUCGGAUACAGACAGUGUUUGUAGUUCGCUCUACACGCCACGUGUAAAAUAACAUAUACAUAUUUACGAAGUGCUCGAGGUUUGUUGACCUCAAGUUUUUCGGGGUAGCUGCAUACGCCGAUGCGAAGAAUGACGAUGCGGGCAGCCGGGACGUGUUUGGCGGCCUGCUUUGCGUGGGGCUUCGGCCCGACGGCCGUGCGGGCAGCUGGAUCAUACCUGGAUCUUGUCAGUACCCAGCCUGACGAUGUGCGGCUGGAGGAAGCUGAGUAUUCCUGUAUGUGUCGCCACCACGACGGACCGAAGUUCUUUUCCGCGCUGACCUUGGACGGUCAAAGGGACGCAGAGAAGACGAUGUUUGCUCGGGGCACCGAGGACUUGUGGAACGUGAUCAAGAAGCAUGCCGGUCUCCAGACGGAACUGCUGGCCGAUGUCGUCUUGGCGCGAGCGCGGAAUGGCCGCACUAUUCCCGGUGUGGCGCCGCGGUACGCGGAGGUUUUGUUGGACAGCGCAGAGUAUCACGCGAAUCGCCUCUUCAAAAUGCAGGGCCAGGAGGACUGGGAAAGACUGGCGCGCAUGUUGGCGCGGCUCGGCAGCGUGUUGGCAAACAGAAACGGAAUCAAGUUGCGCCCCGGGGUAAAUGACGGGGCUCUCGCCUACACGUACAAGUACACGUGCAAAACGCAAUUCAAGGAUUCAAAUGGGCCUUUUAGUGUCUGGGUUAUGAAAAAUAUGGCAAACAUCUUGGUGUCAGGGUCCGUGCUAUCAAAUGCAAAUAUGUCUGAGUCCGAGAACUUCAACAUAAAUUUGUUAUGCUCGAUUGCGAAUGAUUGGAUUCACUCCCGAUUGCGGCUCUGCAUGACAAGUUCUUACCACGCUUUCGAAGUUCUUUCUAAAAAAACAAAGCUGCGGUCCUGCUUGUCAGAUUUUGAUGGAGGACUGUGCAAGAAGACAACUUGCCCAAGCAGGAACCGGGAACAUCAAAGAUCAAGACAAGCAUUACAGGUGCAGCCUUUUGUGACCUAGGUAGACAUAUUUACAGUUGAUAUGGGUACGACAAAGCUGUAUGGAACAAGGGGAAGGAGUCUCAGACGCUCAUCAUCAUCCAUGAGGCGGCGCACUGCGUGCUCGAAUGCACUGACCAUGUGUAUGGGCACGGCCUGAACGGUGGUUACCAAGGUCUGAUAGAUCUGCCACACGAUCAGGCAUUUGCCAAUGCAGAUUCGUUUGCGUACUUCGUCACCCUGGUCGUUUGGUACUUACUUUUUUUACUGUGAGUGUGGAUGUUUGAUACAUAGAUAUAGAUGCUUUGCUUCGCCUGAAGUAGUAGUUGGGCAUCCGCUCCCAUUGGACGAUGCAUGAGUGAAUGCGCGGCUCGUACGCAAGCACCGACCCUCUGUUUAUCUCUUCGAUCAUCUUCACAGGGACCUGAUUAAGGCUGGCAACGAAGACGACCUUGAGUAUGCUCAGUACGAGGACAACUUUGAAUGCGUGCCCAAAGGGAGCCAAUGGUGGUUUGGGUUACCACGCAAAGGCUUUCGAGACCAGGAAGAGGCUACCAAAUGGCAGAGCUUGCUGCCGCGGAUGAUGCGGGAGCACCUGCGUCCCGAGACCUGCACGAAGCGGUCGCCGAAAGAUAUCGGGUUGAUCCGCUUUCCACGUACAGAUACUGAUACAAAAGUUUUUCGGUGCGUCCGAGAUCGGAAGUAGUUAGUACACACGAUGGUGCACAGAACCCGAAGUACGAAGCUCCGGUUUCAUAUCUGGCUGCACAGAAUUGAUUCUAGUUGCGUUGCCGCAUGCGACCGCAAGCGCAACCAAGCAGAGAAUGUGCACGGCGUUAAGGAGUACUUAGUCAGCACGAGGCAGGCCUUAGCAGAUAGCAUGACUGAAGUAGUGCUGCGUUGCUUGAGUUAUGAAAAAUCGAAAUAAUUGAAAAACUCCACAGCGGUACCUCAUGCGCUGCGAUCUGCGAGGCAUCGGCGCGAGCCUCCUCAACCUGACGAGGAAUAUGAUUUCGGUGAGCACAUCGAGGACUCCAUCAAGUAUCUACGUUUUCUCUCGAUGAACUGGGAGUCAGUCAAUGAUCCGAAUUGCUAGUUGCCUCUGUGGGACAGCGAGGCGGACUGCAUUCAGCUCGCAAGGCAUGGACGAAUGGGCUGGUCAUGCGGAAUAAAGACAAACGGAGAUGAGGAGGGCCAGUUGCAGAGCUUAUUGCAGUUGCCGGCGCGCAGGUUUUUUCCUGGAAUAAACGCUUUGGCAAGCAUGACAAAUCGUUUGCGUUUAUUGUUCAACGUGUGCGAUUGCGGAGGCCUUUAGUCAAAAAGCGGCGGUCCAUUACAGAUCAAAGCGAAUAAAUGUUGUAACCUUGUCUUAUGAUAGAACGGAGAGGCAGCCGCAGAAGGACGCAAUUUCUGCCCAGCACCUUCAUAUUAAGUAAAUGCUAUUUAGUACCAUUCAUUUCUACGUCUUCUAUGCCGAAGGAGAAGCUGUGCGUGUACGUACUUACUACAUACGAGAUGACGAGAAUAUCAGAAUCGACAAAACUCAAUGGACCGACACGCACAUGGCUACACAAAAGCGAGAGGGCGAGUUUUUUACAAUCACGAAAACAAACAAAAACAUGCUAUCUCGAACCAACGGAGAUGUCC